AUGUCACUCGAACGGCCCCUCCGCCUUCUCACGUACCUAGCCACUGCCGUCGCCGUUCCUUUGAACAUAGUCGCGACCGUUCUCUCGAUCGCAAAUCAGAACAGAGGCUGGGACUCUCGAAAUGCCACGGCAUUCUGUUUUGCCUUCAUCCCUCUGGCGCUGACGGUAGCUGCCUCCACGAUGAGUCUGCAAUACAUGAAGAAGCACGGCAAAAGUCCUCGUGGUUCAAUUCUCAUGCUCCUCGACGUGGCCUCGGUUUCCGCAUACAUCGGUGUGCUGGUCCCUUGCUGGUCCAUCGAGAUCCUUGAGUUCAGUACAGGAGGCUUCGGACUACUGGUAGGGUUCACCACAGCUCCUAUGAUUAUAAACAUGCUCGUCCAUGCCUAUUUUAUACAAAACCAAGUUCCCUACAAGUCUCUGCUCUCGAAACUUUACAAAAAGGGCAGCACUUGUCAGCAAUGCCCUAAUUGUCAAGCGAAGUUCAUCUCCGGCACAACCGAGACCACGACAAAAAAGGGCUACAGUCUCUUGCGUGGAGAAGACUAUCUCGAUGUGGAGGCUGACCAUGUUCAAUACCGGGACUCAGAGGAUUUCCUUGGCGAGGGCGCUGACCGUGCUGAGCAGGGUGACCAGGCUGAGCAGGAUGAGCGAUCCACACAACCUAACAGCGACACGAGCAAAGAUAUGGUCGAGGUCUAG